AUGGAUCCUACUCUACAUCUCACAAAGGAUCUUGGGAAGUUGUUGGCGCAUCCCACUCAGUAUCGAGAGCUCAUUGGUCGCCUUCUCUACUUGACGAUUACAAGACCUGACAUUACCUUUGCUGUUCAUCAGCGGAGUCAAUUUCUUUCUGCUUCAACUGAUAUCCAUCUUCAAGCAGCUCAUCAAGUUCUACGUUAUCUUAAGAACAAUCCGGGUCAGGGUCUUAUGUACUCUUCUGAUACAGAGCUUUGCUUAAACGGUUUUGCUGAUGCUGAUUGGGGAACUUGUCGAAAUACACGCCGUUCUGUUACUGGUUUAUGUAUCUUUCUUGGCACGUCUCUCAUUUCAUGGAAGUCCAAGAAGCAAUCAGUGCAGUUACUUCAAGAUCUUCAUGUUCGAAUGACUUGUUCUCCCAAGUUGUUUUGUGAUAACAAGUCUGCCAUACAUCUUGCCACAAAUCCAAUGUUUCAUGAGCGUACUAAACACAUUGAGAUUGAUUUCCAUACAGUCCGGGAUCAAAUCAAGGCUGGUCGGCUUAAAGCUCUUCAUGUUUCACUAAUCAGUUGGCUGAUGUUCUAA